CAAAUGUUGCUGCGCUUGAAAUCAUAGACGUACUUAGAGUUCGAAUAAUCCCUUGACGUCCUGAACCGUAACGUAAAAGAUGAAGAGUUCCCUAAUGAGAGAGAAAAUAUCAAUAUAAAGUAAAAAUAUAUAAAAAAAUAUACGAAAACUAAUCCGGCCUUAUAUAUAUAUAAAGUUAGAAAAAAAUUAUAAAAACAUAUAAAAAAAAUACACAAAGACCGACGGAAGAACCCAUUAAAGCACCUGUUUUAACUGUUUAAUAUUUCAGUAAAAAAUAAAGAAAAAAAAGAAGGGCAGGAUUUGUAAUAAAGAUUUUUUAAAAAAAAAAUAAUUGGAUGUUUUUUUAUGAUUUUAUAUGAAGUUUAUUCAAAUUUAUAUAUUGGAUGUUUUAAGGGAUUUUUACAUGAAAUUAAGGAAAAAACGCAUAAGAUUACACAUCUUAUUGGGUUAAUAUCAUUUAAUAAUAGGACAAAAUUAUUAGGAUAUAGAUCUUUAUUUUUUGAAAUUAAUGAUGAAUCUGAUGAAAAUAUCAUUCAGUAUUUCCCGGAAAGUAUUAGAUUUAUUGAAGAAUGUUUUAAUAUGGAUUCAAAAAAUAAAAUGUUGAUUUUUUGUCAAGCAGGAAUUUCACGUUCUACGACUAUUGUAGGGGCUUAUUUAAUGCAAAGAUUGAAGAUAUCAAAAGAAGAAGCUAUUUUAUAUAUAAAAAAGGUUCAUCCAGAUGCAGAACCUAAUCCAGGUUUUAUGGAACAAUUGCAGUUAUUUCAUGAUUGUAAUUAUGUCUUAAAUCAAGAAAUGAAGUUGUAUAGACAAUGGUUACUUAAGCAUAAGAUUUAUUCAUCAUUACAAGAUAAAAAAGUACCUGAGAUUUCUUUAUAUUCACAAGAUGAAUCAAUACAAAAUGGUCAAAUACAUCUUCGAUGUAAAAAAUGCAGGCUUGUUUUAGCUAAUUCAAAUUAUAUUAUUGAUCAUCAACCACAGCAAUCAUUUAUUCAAUGUACUCAUUUUUUUUUGGAGCCACUAGCAUGGAUGAAAAAUGAAUUAGAUAAUGGAAAUAUAGAAGGGAAAUUAAACUGUCCUAAAUGUAGUUCAAGAAUAGGGAAAUAUGCAUGGCAAGGCAUGAGUUGUAGUUGUAAAAAAUGGGUUACACCGGCUUUAAGUAUACAAAAAAGUAAAAUUGAUGUAAUAAAAAAGGAAUUAACAAAAUAA